AUGAACAACAAUCAUUCCUAUGAUGAUCGCAGUUUUCACAUUCCACUUCAUCCUUCUAACACAAGCAACCCUAAUCCAAAUCUCCAGUUUGCUUUAUCUUCAAGCUACGAUCACAGUCCUAAGAAGAAACGCACCAAAACCGUUGCUUCAUCCUCUAGUUCUUCACCAAAAUCCGCGUCAAAACCAAAAUACACCAAAAAACCAGACCCAAAUGCCCCCAAAAUCACACGUCCAUGUACUGAAUGUGGCAGAAAGUUUUGGUCUUGGAAGGCUCUCUUUGGUCACAUGAGAUGUCACCCUGAGCGUCAAUGGCGUGGCAUUAAUCCUCCUCCUAACUACCGUGUGCCCACCGCGGCUUCUUCAAAACAGUUAAACCAGAUAUUACCAAAUUGGGUCUCAUUUAUGUCCGAGGAAGACCAUGAAGUCGCUUCUUGUCUCUUAAUGCUGUCUAAUGGUACACCAUCAUCAUCGAGUAUUGAACGGUUCGAGUGUGGAGGAUGUAAGAAAGUGUUUGGAUCACAUCAGGCUUUAGGAGGACACAGAGCGAGUCAUAAAAACGUUAAAGGCUGUUUCGCUAUCACAAACGUAACCGAUGAUCCUAUGACGGUUUCUACUUCUAGUGGGCAUGAUCAUCAGGGAAAAAUCCUUACGUUUUCAGGGCAUCAUAAGUGUAAUAUCUGUUUUAGAGUGUUCUCGAGUGGUCAAGCUUUAGGAGGUCACAUGAGAUGUCAUUGGGAAAAGGAGGAGGAGCCGAUGAUCAGUGGUGCUUUGGAUUUGAAUGUUCCUCCAACAAUACAGGAUCUUUCUACUUCGGACACAUCAGGGUGUUGUUUAGAUCUUAGGUUAGGACUCUAAUUAGUAUCUAUAUAUAUAUAUAAUGUCUGUAGGUAUAUUGGAUGUUUCCUUCUAAUUAAUAGGUCAAUGUACAUGUUGUGAUUUGAUGAUAAGUAUAACGUAUGUAGGAUAUUCUGCUAUAUAUAUGCUUAAUAAAGAAAAAUAUUUAG